GCAAUAAUGUCCAAUACCAGUAGUCAGCUAAAGCAAUCUGAUUUGCAGUUCAUAUAGGAUAGUCAGAGUUGAGCAGUAGAAUAUUAAGGGCCCUAUCGAGUAUAGAUUUAGAUUCACUUUAGGAGUCAUAAUGAAUACCACUCAAAAGCCGAGCUAUUGUAUAAGUAGGAGACAUUGUUACGUUCGAGUUAAAUAAGCGAGCGCAACUUGAAAGAGGACACAAUGACACUAUCGGGCCAGGCACAGUAUACAGGGACUAAGGCGUUAUAUAAUAACAGGUCCCCAUCGAGCCAGUCACAAUAUACAGGAACAUUAUACAACAGAGUAACAUCCCAGGGGCGAACAAUACACCCCCCAUCAGCGAAAACAAAAUACAUGCGCUUUGCACGCAAGCGAAUAAAAGACAGAUUAAAUAUAAACAUGUUUUGGAACGGAGCUCUUUACAGGAAAUUCUCACAAUGGGAAAAGCACUGGGACUUGGUGCAUAAUCCUGUAUUUAUCGAAGACUUUGAAAAACAACAACAAUUACAAACUGAAAUGUUUGCUUUUGAUGAUAAUGAUCCAUUUCUAAGCAUAGAUACAUUGGAUUAUGACAAUAACAAUGACAAUGAACUUAUAACAAGCUACACAAACCCCAACUAUCAACUCGGAGUUGAAGAUGCG